UCCGCUCGGAGGUGAAAGGCAUGCCGGGAUCCCUGUCAUGGCGGGUUGUUUUGAAGGAGGAAGCUAACGUUAGCGGUUAGCAGCGAAGAUGCAGAGACCGAUUUCCAGUUUGUCUCUUAACCCGAGUGUGAAAGUUAAACUGGUCAGCGCUGGUUUCCAGUUCACCGCAGACCUGCUGCACCUGAAGCCGCUGCAGCUCAGCAAAGAGGCCGGUCUGUCCCAGCAGGAGGCGCUGGAGGUGCUGCAGGCUGUGGGGAGAGCCGGAGGAGGAGGGGAUGAAGCAGGAGCAGCUGCAGGAGGAGGAGAAGUGUCAGCCUCUCUGACAGCUCUGGAGCUCCUACAGAAGGAGGAGGAGUCGAGGAGCAUCGUGACGUUCUCCUCUCAGCUGGAUGCUGCUCUCGGAGGAGGACUUCCUGUCGGGAAAACUACAGAAAUCUGCGGCGCUCCAGGAGUCGGGAAAACACAACUGUGCCUGCAGCUGGCGGUGGACGUUCAGGUCCCGCAGUGUUUUGGGGGGGUCGGAGGUCAGGCAGUCUACAUCGACACCGAGGGCAGCUUCGUGCUUCAGAGAGUCGUCGACAUCGCCAGCGCCGCCGUACAACACUGCUCCUUUUUGGCCGAAGAUGACGAGCAACGAGACGCCAUGACGAAUUUCACCGUGGACGCCAUCCUGUCCAACAUGUUCGUGGUGCGUUGCCAUGACUACGUGGAGCUGCUGGCCGAGCUGCACCUGCUGCCUGACUUCCUGUCCGACCACCCGAGCGUCCGCCUCCUGGUGAUCGACAGCGUGGCGUUCCCGUUCCGGCAGCACUUUGACGAGAUGUCUCAGAGGACACGCCUCCUCAACGGCCUUGCCCAGCAGCUCAUCACCAUGGCAACCAGCCACAACAUCGCCGUGGCAAUGACCAACCAGAUGACCACCCGGCUGCGAGGCGGCCAAUCGCAGCUGGUCCCCGCACUUGGGGAGAGUUGGGGCCACGCCCCCACCACCAGGCUCCACCUACACUGGGAGGGGCCGCGUCGACUGGCGACCGUCUUUAAAUCCCCAACACAGGUGGAGUCCACCGUCCAAUACCAGAUCACCUCUGAGGGGUUUAGAGACGUUGACCAAUCAGAGCAGCCGCAGAGCAAACGGCCUCGAACACACUUGGACCAAUCAGCUACCAGCCAGGGAGACACCUGCAGCUGACUGUCAGCCAAUCAGAGGCUGAGCUGAGUGUGUUUGUUUCAUAUUAAAUGCAUUUUUCUUUUC